AUGCGACCCCACGUCGACGAGAAUGAUAAGACGACCGCUUGCUACGUUCAUUCUCUUAUCGCCGGCGAAUGGGCCGCGCCGCCGCAUAACCUCAAGGGCAGCGAGAAUGUCGUCCAUGAGGCGCGGAAUGAGGACGAGCCCGUCGCCCUGGUCAAGCCGCCCUUCGAAGAGGGCGCGCGGGUCUCGGUGACCGACGUCGGCGACCCUAUGACCCUGAAGCCGGCUCCGAGCAUCGUCCAAUCGCGACAUCUGACGAAACGGCAGCUGUCGGACAUGGCCUGGAACGUACGCAAGCUAUCGAAGAAGCUAGGCAGCAUCAAACUCAAGCUCACCGUCAAGAACGUCUUUGUCGUGUGCAAGGCGCAUGACGAGUCACUGGUCAGUCUGACAAGGAAACUGACUCGGUGGCUAUUGUCUCAAGAGCGCGACACGCCGUACGUCGUCUAUGUCGAGCAACGGCUACAAACACAUCCGGAUUUUGGGGAGCUACAGCUUUUGCAGGAGGAGCCGUCGGCCAUGGGCCGGCUCAAGUACUGGGACCCCCUACUCGCCCAGGAGCAACCGCAUCUUUUUGAUUUUGUCAUCACCCUCGGAGGGGAUGGCACGGUUCUCUAUACCAGCUGGCUAUUCCAGCGAAUCGUGCCGCCCGUGCUUUCCUUUGCGUUGGGAUCAUUGGGGUUCCUCACGAAUUUUGACUUUGCAGAACAUAAGCAAACACUUGAAACUGCCUUCCGAGAUGGGGUAGUGGUCAGUCUGCGUUUACGCUUCGAAUGCACCAUCAUGAGAAGCAAAGCGCGGUCCAAAGACCCGCACUCGAGGGAAUUGACCAGGCGAGAUCUCGUGGAGGAAUUGAUUGGAGAAGAAGGCGAGGAUACCUUGACGCAUACCCCCGAUCGGGUCUAUGAGAUUUUGAAUGAUGUGGUACUGGACCGUGGACCUAACCCCAGUAUGUCUCUCCUCCGAGUCUUCUCGGACGACCACUAA